ACCUGGGCCCACCUGUUCCGACUCAGACGUUGCCCAGUUGUCGAUCGGCGAGUGCGAGAGAAUCGCAGUCCGGAACCGAGAUCGGAAAACAAAACUGGUCAAGAACCCACCGAAUCAUAAACAAAUCAAGUGAGUCAAGUCCUAAGUCCAAUUGCAAAUGCCCAGCUAAAAAUAUGUGGAAGGUUCUGCUUAUUUGUGUGGUGAUGAGUGCUCUGAAUGAAGAAUCAUCGGCAGCAAAAACGGGUCCGACCCGCAGACGACGAGCAUACGCCGGCGGAUACGCCGGAGGGUAUGCCAGUAGUGGAGGAGGAGCCGGCGGCUACACUGGAAGCUACAACAGCGGCGGUGGGCACAGCAGUUAUGUGGGUACUGCUGGUGGUGGUGGUGGCUACAACGAUUACGAUGACUAUGGCGGCACCUCACCCAACUUUGGCAUCAUCGAUCCGUAUCUCUUCCACCAGCAGCUGACGAAUCAUAUUUUGUCCCAGAACUAUGCUAACCAACAAGCUAUAACUGGUCUGGCCACGGCUGGCAACGCUUAUGCAUCCGCGGAUGCUUCUCUUGUCGACGACAACGAUAUUCGCAUCCAGCAACAGAUCGCCGCUCAGCAGGCCUACCAAGACAAUCUAGUGCGCCAGAAUCGGUACAGAGGCGGUUCGAGCUCUGGAUCCGGCUCUGGAUCUGGAUCAGGAUCUGGAUCCUACAACUCACAUCGCUAUGCACCCAGCUAUGCCUCUGCCUCCGGAUCCAUCGGUUCCAAUGGCUAUCGCCAGACGGCCUUUAUUAGCCCACCCAAUCCGGCCUCUCCCAACAUUGUGAAUCGCUUUGGAGGCGGAAGCGCUGGUGGAUCCUCGUUCUCCAGCUCCAGCAGCUCCGGAGGAGGCGGUGGCAGCGGUGGUGGCUACAAGGGCGUCUCGGUCUCGUCAUACAGCCACAGCAACGGAGACGGAACCAGCCGACGUGGAGCCCAGACCACGGUGAACGACAACGGAAAGGUCACCUCGUAUUCGGUGCACUCUUAGGAAGAUCGGUGGAGUCCCUCCUCUGGUGGCUAGGCUAACAUUUACCGGUCUGACAAGGCAAGCCGAUCCCAUUGAAUAUGUAUAAAAUAUAUAAAUAAUAUACGCGUAUUUUAUUGUCAAGUU